UUGGGAAAGAUGGCGCCCUCACAGUUGAAGCAACUGAAGUCUUCACUCCGCGACCAUGGAAUCUCUGGACCUUCCCAGUCGAAAAAGGCACGCAAAUCCGAUCAAUCCCGUUCGAAGAAGGGCCAUAAAGAAGCGGUCUUAUCUACCUUACGAGAGUCUUUCAAUCCAUUCGAGCUCAAGUCCGCCGUGAGACCGCGCAAGUUCGAUGUUACGUCCUCGAAGACCAUCGGACAAAAUGGCAAAGCUGUGGUGCUUGGGCGUCCGGGCGUCACGAAAAGCCGAGGAGAAGAGCUGCGGCGGAACACCCUUCUUCCGGACCUUCACCGCCGUGGCAAGGUUGGAGGGAUCCAGGAUCGUCGAAUCGGAGAGAUGGACCGCACGUUGACUCCUGAAGAGCGAUUACAACAGCGUCUUGCCAAAGAAGCCACCCGCCGACGAGGGAAGACGAUGUUUGACUUGGAUGAAGACGAGGAUACCAUCGGACUGACCCAUCUUGGGAAGGAUCUGGAUGACUUCGAGGAGGACAUCAGCGAUGCGUCGGAAGACGAAGCGCGUGGAGAAAACGAUUAUAGUGAUGAUGACCGGGAAGAUGGCGCGUCCAGGAAAAGGCGAUGGGAAGGGGACGGUGCCGCAUCAGAUGUCGAGGAUGGAGCAGAACCGGAGAGGAAAAAGAGCAAGGCGGAAGUCAUGAAGGAAGUCAUUGCAAAAUCUAAGUUCCACAAGUUCGAACGGCAGCAGGCGAAAGAAGAGGAUCACGAAAUCCGGGAGAAGUUGGACAAGGAGACGCAAGGGAUUCUUGCAUUACUCGGGAAGGGGAAGCCCGGUGCGCCGAAGGCCGGAUUACCACCUGCUCCAGCCAACGGGAUCUCCAAAGACGCCGGUGGAGAGACCGCCGCGGAGAAACGCAGGGAUUACGAUGAAGAUCGUGGAAAACUCCUGUUCGACCAGCGCGCGAAGCCAACGGAGCGGACGAAGACGGUGGAAGAACUCGAGCAAGCACGAGUGGAUCGUCUGAAAGCCAUGGACGAAGAGCGAGCGCGUCGUAUGAGAGGCGAGGCGGACGAUUCGGCAGAGAAACUUAAAUCUGACGAGGACGGCGACGCUGAGUUCUUCGGGUUCCAGUCGUCGAAAAUACCGGAAGAAGACAGAAUGCCUGGAGAAGAGCAAACCGACGAGCUCGGGUUUGAGGACGAAGACGACUUCCUGAUUGAGGAUGACCUCGUGGCGUCCGACAUGGAGGGGAGCGUCGCUGAGUAUUCUAGCGACGAAGAGUCGGAGGACGAGUCUACCACGUUUGCGGGGGACGAUAUCGUGAAUCCCAACCGGACGGCCCUUGGCUCUGGCCGAAAAGCCGAGCAGCACAUAGACUUCGGCCCUGAGCAUGCGGGCAGUUACCCCUGUCCGCAAAGUCACGAGGAGUUCUUGACGAUAUUGGAGCCUACCACGAUGGACGAGUUGCCGUCGGUCAUUCAAAAGAUUCGCGCGGCUUACGGGGCGCAGCUACGACCCGAGAAUGUUGAGAAGUUGUCGGCCUUUUCCACCGUCUUGGUCGACCAUAUCGCGUACCUAGGGACUCUCCAGCCGCCCGCUCCGUUGCCGGUAGUGGAGACGGUAAUCCGCCACAUCCACUCCCUCGCGCGCUCCUCCCCCCUCGCGGUCUCCAAAACCUUCCGCACGCACCUCCGCCGCAUCCAAACUACCUCUGACCUCGCCCCCGGCGACCUCUUCCUCCUCACCGCCAUCAGCACCAUCUAUCCGACAUCCGACCACUUCCACCAGGUCGCCACCCCCGCCAUCUCCCUCAUCGGCCGCUGGCUCGGUCUCCACACCGCCAAAACCCCCUCCGAAUCCCUUACCGGGGCCUACCUUGUCGCCCUCGCCCUCCGCUACCUCCGCCUCUCCGCUCGCUACAUGCCCGAGCUUCUCCGCUUCUCCACUUCUGCCCUCCGCCACCGUCCUGCUCCCACCCUCGCCGCCGCGCACGUCGCCAACCUCCUCACCAUGGCCGAACUAUGGUCGGGGACUCCCGGCGCCUUCCCCGCCAUGUUCCCCUCCUCCAUCCUCCCCCUCCUCGACCCCACCUCCGCUCACCGCCUGCGCGUCCUCCUCGCGAACGCGCGCCGCGGCCGCCGCCCCCUCGAACUGCACCACCACCGCCCGCUCGCGAUCCGCAGCGUGCAACCCAAGUUCGAGGAGAACUACAACCCGGACAAGCACUACGAUCCGGACGCGGGGCGGACGGAGUCGAAGAAGCUAGCAAAGGAGUACAAGAGGGAGCGGAAGGGGGCGAUGAGGGAACUGCGGAAGGACGCGAACUUCGUGGCGCGGGAGCAGUUGAAGGAGAAGAAGGCGAAGGAUGCGGCGUAUGAGGUAAAGUAUCGGAAGUUGGUGGCGGAGAUUAAUGAGGAGGGGGGAAGGGGGCGGAAUGAGUAUGAUCGGGAGAGGAGGAAGGCAGGGAGAGGGAGGUAG